CAUAAUCUAUUUGUCACGGAUCUAUCUCUGUCAAAGGUGACAGUUUGCCAAUGGAUUUAGGAUGUAUCUAAUAUAUUAGAUAUAAAAUUAUGGAAGAUUUAAAGACUCAACUUAAUUUUGAUUUUAGUAAUCCAAAAUCUAGUUUAGAAAAAGCAGGUCUUACUUUAGCUUGGAUACAAAAAGUCGUUUUAAAAGCAAAAAACUAUAAUGUUAAAUUCUUAAUUGAGUUAAUAAAAAAACAAAAAAUAAAUGCCAUAUCCUUAAAUAGUUGGGAUGAUCCUAUUUGUAGUAAUAUAUUAAAUAGGGUUAAAAAAAUCUUAAGAGAUGAAUCUACCAAUAGGAAUGAUUUAUUAGCUGUAGACAUGCUGCAUGGUCUUCUAUUAAAUUCAUCUGAUAACAUGCUUUCAGAUUAUAAUUCAGAAACAGAAGAAAUUUAUAAAGAAAAAAUAUUUGAAGCCUUGAAUGAAUUGCAAAUUGAAUUGGAAAAUUGUCAGGAAAAUAUUAGUAUUCAGGCUCUUGAACAUAUUCAUUCAGAUGAGACUAUCAUGACCUUAGGUAGAUCUGAGACUGUUGAAAAUUUUCUACAGCAAGCUGCAAAGACUCGUAAAUUUCAUGUCAUUAUAGCAGAAGGGGACCCCUCAUUAUCAGGUCAUUUACUAGCCAAAAAUCUAUCUUCAUCUUUAGAUCAGAAUCAACUGAAUGCUAACAAAAAUGUUGGUACUGGAUUUCUGACAUCUUUAUCAUUUUCAACAGCUCCUACUCAAACUUCUUCAUCAUUUCCUAGCAACUCAGGUUUAAAAGUCAGUGUAAUUCCCGAUUCUGCUAUAUUUGCUGUAAUGUCACGAGUGAAUAAAGUAAUUGUAGGUGCCAAUCUUACUUUAGCUAAUGGCGGCGUACAAUCUUUAUCUGGAACUUUUAAUAUGGCAGCUUCUGCUAAGCAUUACUCCGUACCUUUCAUAGUUUGUGCAGGGAUGUUUAAACUAACUCCAACGUAUUUGCCACCUCGCAAUAAUAAUUUAACUCCAUCUUGUGAUUAUUUUGACAUAUGUAAUGAUCACAUGUCAUCUUAUGAAAAUGAAGGAAUCAAAAAUCAAAUCAAAUGUCAUGAUAUUUAUAAUAGCGAAGGUGUCGAAUUUGUGACAACUCAAUUUGAUUUGGUACCUCCAGAGUUAAUUACCGUUUUUAUAUCCAAUACACAGUCUAAAGAACAUCUCAGGGGAAGUAAAACAAGGAAAGUUUUUAAAGAAUUAUUGAAAGGGGAAGUUACGCACCAUCGUAUGUCUACCAGCUUAUGAGAGAAUUGUACAAUAAAGAAGAUUUAACCAAAGCUUAAUUUUAUGUAUGAUAUCACAUUUAUUUAUACAAAAUAUAAUUAAUAAAUUGAAAUAUGUUAUAAUGGUGUAUUUUUAGUAUAACUAAGCAA